AUGUCGCCCGGAGGGCCAGCGAAGGCUACCUCGGCCCCCCCUCCGGAUGCACUUUUCCUACCGGCCUCUUCCGCGCCGCCCACCGAGGCCGCACCUCCCCCGCGUCCCCGGGGCCACGGAAGGAGGGGGGUGGCCCGGGCGGCUGGCCGCCGGAGCCCGCGCGCCCGCCGCCCAGCCCCUCCCGCGCCGGCGUGGAGACCCCCGCGGCCGCCCCCGCCGGCGCCCAGCGGCGCAGGACCCCCCGGCUGGCACCAACCCCUGCGGGCUCUGCGGGGCGCGCUGCCGCCCGACGUGGGGCGCGAGACGGCGGAGCUGGCGGCGCUCGCAGGCCCCGUGGUCCUCGCGCAGCUGCUGGCCUUUCUCACCAGCGUGGUCAGCUCCAUAUUCUGCGGACACCUGGGCAGGGUCGAGCUGGAUGCUGUUACGCUUGCCGUCCCGGCUGUGAAUGUUGCUGGGAUUUCCGUUGGGACUGGUUUGGCUGCCGCUUGCGACACACUGAUGUCUCAGAAAGGGACAGUGGUCCCUUACCUGCGGAGAAGGGGGCUCCGGAAGGAGAGGCGGGGCCUGGGCGCAUCCGUCGCCUGCCCUCCGGCGGCCGCGCCCUUCCCCCACUCUGGCCCCGCCCCGCAGACGCCCCCAGCUCCCCCCCCCAGAUCGCCCCCGGGGGCGGCCCCGCGUCGCCAGGCUGAGCGCCAUGCCCCGCGCCUCCCUCCUCCGCCCCUUCCCGGGGGGCGCUCUGCCGUGAGAGCAGGGACGUUGCGCGGAGCUGGGCCCCCGCCCCGCGCCCCCGUCUGGCACACAGCAGGCGCCCCGGCGGCAUCGGCCCAGCGAGUCCGGAAGGCCCACCUCGCGCCCCGCUCGCCUCGCACCGUUUACGCUCAGCGCCUUGCCGCCGGGUUCGGGGGGCUGCUGAUCCCUCGGAGCCCGGAGCCUGAGCGCGUGGGGGGGGGGGCCGAGCCGCAGCGGGGCGCCCGCGUCCUCUCGCUGUGCUGCUUCCGCGCGGGGCCGCCGUCCCCAGGGCCGAGCGCCCCCUGCUGCUCGGGCGGGACCCCGGGCCUCGCGUCAGCCGCGUCCCGGGCGCCACCCCCACCCCCGGGGGCGGGGGCCGCCGCCGGCCGCUUCCCUCGCGCGUCCCCUGGACCCGACCCCUGUGGGAGGUGGAAGCCGGGAGCCCGGGCCGGCGGGGACCCCCGAGGCGCGUGCCUGGGGACCCUGCCCGCUGCCUUUCUCGGAGCGCCUCGGUCGGGCGUUUCGCAGACGCUCGGGGUGUCUCUCCUCGGCCGGGAGGGGAGCGCGCGACCUGGUCGCCUGGCGUUUGCCUCCAGACAGCGGGCGCCCGGGGCCGCGGGCGCCGGCCUUCCCCAAAAGGCUUCCGGCUUCUGCCCAGCGUGUCGUUCGUGUGGCUGUGUUCCUUCCACCACUCCAGCCUGGAAUGAGCUGGAACACGUCAAGUCUAGCUCCCUGAGCAAGCAGACAUGUCACAGGCCCCAGGCGCUGUCCACUUCUGCUGCAGAGAAGCAGUCGUUCACGGCAACAUUUCUGUUCCAGCUGCAGGCAAAAUAUUUACAAAAUCAGGGCAUCAUCACGCCGCGGGUGGUCGCCGGGAUUGCCGCGAACGUCCUCCACGUGGGCAUGAACGCUCUCCUGCUGUUCGCCCUGGACCUCGGGGUGGUAGGAUCCUCCUGUGCCAACACCACUUCCCAGUUCUUCCUGUCUGCUCUCCUCUUCCUGUACGUGUGGUGGAAAAGAAUCCACGUCAGCACCUGGGGAGGCUGGACCAGGGACUGUUUCCAGGAGUGGGGCUCCUUCAUCCAGCUGGCUAUCCCCAGUAUGUUCAUGGUGUGCAUUGAGUGGUGGACCUCUGAGAUCAGAACCUUCCUUGCAGGAUUGAUGAGUGUGACAGAGCUUGGAGCCCGGGCCAUCAUUUAUGUACUGGUUUCUGCAGCCUACGUGGUGCCCCUUGGCUUUGGAGUGACAGCCAGCAUCCAGGCGGGCAACGCCCUGGGGGUGGGAAGUGCCCAGCAGGCACGACACUCCUGCAUCACUGUCCUCCUGUGUACAGGUGUUUGUGUGCUUGCAAUGGGCAUCUUACUUGCUGCUUUCAAGGAUGUGGUUGCUUAUGCGUUCACCAGUGACAAAGACAUUACUUCCCUCGUGAGCCGCGUGAUUCCUGUUUUCGCGCCUUUUCAUCUGUUCGUUGCACUUGCGGGCACCUCUGGUGGAGUCCUGAGAGGGGCAGGAAAGCAGAAGAUGGGCGCUUUCUUGAAUGCCAUUGGCUAUUACGUUUUCGGGUUUCCCCUUGGAGCCUCUCUGAUGUUUGCCGCUAACUGUGGGGUAACGGGUCCCUGGUCCGGGCUGAUGGUGCGUGUCUUCUUUCAAACCGUCUUCUACUUGGUGUACCUCUGGAGGAUAAACUGGAACCGAGCGGCAGAGCAGGCGGUCUGUGGUUCCCUAAGAAGCCGAAUGCCAAGUGUCUGGGAUCAGGGGAGCCCUUGGGGGCAGCAGCCUGUCCUGCGGGUGGAGGACGGGCAUCCUGACCCUCCGGGCACCUGUGUGUUGACGUGCACAGAUUCGGGCCUGGCUGCAAGGGAUGAAAGAGGCUGUGCCCAUCGCAGUAGAUCUGUCCAUCCUAGAGAAAGAGGUGCCUGAGGGGGUGAUUCUACCUGAUGUCAUCUGACCGGAGAGCCAGACCUCGCAGCUGGUGGAGACCAGCUCGUGCGGGGCGGCCACCGUCGGGGAGGUCUUGGCGGGGACCCAGCUGAUUCUGUAUUGCGGGGCGGCCGUGCCUUUCGCUGUCACUGUCCUUGAAGCAGGGAUUUUAAUACGCGUUUUCAGGGACCGUGGCUGAAACAGAAUCACCGCCGCCUACAAGCCAGCAGUGAAGAUGACGGGACGCGUGGCAAGCGACCCCGUCCCCGGGACAGUGGUUCCGCUCUCAGCUGGGUGUGGAAAGGAUACCAGUGCUGUCUUCUCAGUUAUUCUGAGAACAUGCACGAUCUUACUGCUUACUGGAGAUCAAGAAGAGUGUUACAAUUUUAACUAAACUUUUCUCCCAAACAUUAAAUAACUCCGUCAUGGUUUUUAAAUCUGCAAAUUUGGUUUUCCCAGCUGUAAGUGUUCUUUACUCUGUCUCAUAUUUAAUUUGUCUCCUAGGAAAGCAGGCCCUUGCCCUCAAACAUUAACUGCCGGUCAUGUCGUGUGUGUGUGUUUCUCUGUUACGUGUUCCGUCUCAUCUGUGAGAGUGUAUGAAGUGCUGUCAGGUCCUGUGUCGGGUGCUGCUGCGUACGCGCUUAUAAA